GCCGCCGCCGAUCGCAGCACACGCGCCGCCGCCGCCGCCGCCGCGGUGGAGCAGGGGCGCCGGCCGCCCGGAGGCCGCCGAGAUGCCGCAGUCCAAGUCGCGGAAGAUCGCCAUCCUGGGCUACCGGUCCGUGGGGAAAUCCUCGUUGACGAUUCAGUUUGUUGAAGGCCAGUUUGUGGACUCCUAUGAUCCAACCAUAGAGAACACUUUCACAAAACUGAUCACAGUAAAUGGACAAGAAUAUCAUCUUCAACUUGUAGAUACGGCUGGACAAGAUGAAUAUUCUAUCUUCCCUCAGACAUACUCCAUAGAUAUUAAUGGUUAUAUUCUUGUGUACUCUGUUACAUCCAUCAAAAGCUUCGAGGUGAUCAAAGUCAUCCACGGCAAACUGUUGGACAUGGUGGGCAAAGUGCAGAUUCCCAUCAUGCUGGUCGGCAAUAAGAAAGACCUGCACAUGGAAAGGGUGAUCAGCUAUGAGGAAGGGAAAGCCUUGGCGGAGUCUUGGAACGCAGCAUUUUUGGAAUCUUCUGCUAAAGAAAACCAGACCGCAGUGGACGUGUUCCGGAGGAUCAUUCUGGAAGCGGAGAAGAUCGAUGGGGCUGCUUCCCAAGGCAAGUCGUCCUGUUCCGUGAUGUGAGGCGGGCCCGGCUGCCCUCCCCCUCCGAGGCCGAGGAGCCGAUCGAGUCUGCUUUGCCCAUCCCCGAGCCGUCUCGUUGGGCCGGACCUUCUCCGCCCUCCCGUCAGAUCAUGUUCGGCUCUGACUGUCCGAAUGAGUUCACUUCCAUUUUCAAAUUUUAAGCAAUCAUAUUUUCAAUUUAUAUAUUGUAUUUCUUAAUAAUAUUAUGACCAAGAAUUUUAUCAGCAUUAAUUUUUCAGUGUAGUUUGUUGUUUAAAAUAAUGUAAUCAUCAAGAUGAUCCCUGUUGUCACACUACUAGUAUCUAGGCUUCAGCUCUGUUCUUUCCUCUGUUCAUGUACACUUGUAAAUAAAAUAGCUGCCAACCUC